GCAGUCUGGUUCCCGGCGAGAUCGGUCCUCAGGCCGCCGACAGGCUGAUCCCCAGCCGCGCGUCUGGGCUGGAAGGUUAAGACUUAUUCACAGUUGAUAAAUAGCCAUCAUGGAAGCCAAGGAUCACAAGAAACACAGAAAGAAGCACAGUGGGCCUAAAGCUGAGAAGAAGAAGAAACGAUACCUGCAGGAUCUACAGCUUGGAGAUGAAGAGGAUGCCCGGAAGAGAAAUCCUAAAGCUUUUGCAGUUCAGUCUGCUGUGCGGAUGGCUCGGUCCUUUCACAGGACUCAGGAUUUAAAGACAAAAAAGCAUCACAUUCCAGUGGUUGACCGAACCCCGCUAGAACCCCCACCAAUAGUGGUAGUGGUGAUGGGGCCUCCAAAAGUUGGAAAGAGCACUUUGAUACGGUGCCUCAUUCGGAAUUUUACCAGACAAAAGUUGACUGAGAUCAGAGGCCCUGUGACAAUUGUGUCAGGUAAAAAGCGCAGACUUACCAUUAUUGAAUGUGGCUGUGACAUCAAUGUAAUGAUUGAUCUAGCUAAAGUAGCAGAUCUGGUGCUUAUGCUUAUAGAUGCCAGCUUUGGGUUUGAAAUGGAGACAUUUGAGUUUCUAAACAUCUGUCAAGUACAUGGCUUUCCUAAAAUUAUGGGAGUUCUCACCCAUCUGGACUCCUUCAAGCAUAAUAAGCAACUCAAGAAGACAAAGAAGCGGUUAAAGCAUAGGUUCUGGACUGAAGUCUACCCGGGUGCUAAGCUGUUCUACCUUUCUGGAAUGGUACAUGGAGAGUAUCAGAAUCAAGAGAUUCAUAACCUGGGCCGAUUUAUUACAGUUAUGAAAUUUAGGCCUCUCACAUGGCAGACUUCGCAUCCUUACAUCCUGGCAGACAGGAUGGAAGAUCUGACAAACCCUGAGGACAUCCGCACAAACAUCAAGUGUGACCGGAAGGUGUCUCUUUAUGGUUAUUUACGCGGAGCCUACCUGAAAAAUAACAGUCAGAUUCACAUGCCAGGCGUAGGAGAUUUUGUCGUCAGCGAUGUCAGUUUUCUCCCAGAUCCCUGUGCUCUUCCAGAACAGCAAAAGAAGCGCUGUUUGAAUGAGAAGGAGAAGCUAGUCUAUGCACCUCUCUCUGGAGUCGGGGGUGUGCUGUAUGACAAAGAUGCUGUCUAUGUUGACCUCGGUGGUAGUCAUGGCUUUCAGGCAAUGGAGGAAACAGGCCCCACACAUGAACUGGUCCAGAGUCUCAUCUCCACCCAUGCCAGUAUCGAUGCCAAAAUGGCUUCAAGCAGAGUGACACUUUUUUCUGAUUCCAAACCUCUGGGGUCAGAAGAUAUAGAUAAUCAAGGGCUGUGGAUGCCCAAAGAGGAGAAGCAGGUGGAUGUGAACACUGGUCGAGUACGUCGGAAAGCCAUCUUUGGAGACGCAGAGGACGAGUCUGCAGACGAAGACAGUGAAGAUGAUGAAGAAAUGUCUGAAGGGGAAGAAACGGAAAAUGGCUCCAGUGAUGAUGAAGAGGAAGAGGAAGGUGCUGAAACCACCAGCUGUAAAUACAUGACUGUGAGGGGGAGCAAACGACCAAAGCUUGAGGAGCAGGAAGAAGACAGUGAGGCAGACUUGCCAGCGUUUGCCGACAGCGAUGACGAUCUUGAGAGGAGCUCUGGGGAAGAGCAGGAGGCAGAGGAAGCAGACGAAAGCAGCGGAGAUGGCGAGUCUACUGCCGGGGAGAGAGACAGCGGGGCAAGACUGUCCGAAGCUCGUCAGUGUAAGGACCGGCUGGACGCAGUGAGAAAAGCAGCCCUCACCACUUCUGAUUCUGGUCACUGUACUGCCGAAGAGGCAUUUCCAUCGGAAGAUGAGUCUGAAGGCUGCGGGCUCAGUUCGGAGGAGGAGGGAGACUCAGAACACAGAGGGGCCGGCAGAGGGAAGCUUGCAAGUCCUCAGGGGCGCAGUGGGCGGAAACUUGAGUCGGAGGUUGAUGAGACCAGUGACAUUGAAAACUUACUCCAAGAGGAAGAAGAUCACAAGGAAGAGCAUAGCAGCUCCGUGGAAACGUCAGGUGCCCUCAAGUGGAAGGAAGACCUUUCCCGGAAGGCGGCAGAGGCCUUUCUGCGGCAGCAGCAAGCAGCUCCAAAUCUUCGGAAGCUGGUUUAUGGGACAGUGAUGGAGGAUAACGAAGAUGAAGAUGGAGAUACCGUUGAAGAGCUUGGAGGGCUGUUCCGUGUUAGCCAGCCGGAUAGAGAGUGUAAGCACAAGGCUGACUCUCUGGACUGCUCUCGGUUUCUGGUGGAGGCUCCUCACGAUUGGGAUUUAGAGGAGGUUAUGAACAGUAUCAAAGAUUGCUUUGUGACGGGAAAGUGGGAAGACGAUAAAGAUGCAGCCAAGAUCUUAGCAGAAGAUGAGGAGCUCUAUGGUGACUUUGAAGACCUUGAAACAGGGGAUGUGCACAAGGGAAAACCGGACCCGGAUACUCAGAGUGAAGAUGCAGAAGAAGACGUUAAGGAAGACACUGACCCAUCUGAGGAGGAAAGUGCCAAGAAAAAGCAUCUGAGUAAGAAGAGAAAGUUGAAGGAGCUAUUUGAUGCAGAGUACGAUGGAGGAGAAGGAGAAAGCACAUAUUUCGAUGAUCUUAAGGGUGAAAUGCAAAGACAGGCACAGCUUAAUCAUGCUGAAUUUGAAGAUCAAGAAGAUGAAACCAGAGUUCAGUAUGAGGGUUUUCGUCCUGGAAUGUAUGUCCGAAUCGAGAUUGAAAACAUCCCCUGUGAAUUCGUGCAGAACUUUGACCCACACUACCCAAUUAUUCUGGGUGGUUUGGGCAGUAGUGAGGGCACUGUGGGAUAUGUGCAGAUGCGCCUCAAGAAACAUCGUUGGUAUAAGAAAAUCCUCAAGUCUCGAGACCCAAUUAUUUUUUCUGUAGGAUGGAGGAGGUUUCAGACCAUUCCACUGUAUUAUAUUGAAGACCACAAUGGCAGACAAAGGCUUCUAAAGUACACCCCACAGCACAUGCAUUGUGGAGCAACUUUUUGGGGUCCUAUCACCCCACAAGGAACUGGAUUUUUGGCGAUACAGUCUGUCAGUGGUGUAAUGCCUGAAUUUCGGAUUGCUGCCACUGGAGUUGUCCUUGACCUGGAUAAAUCCAUAAAAAUUGUGAAGAAAUUAAAGCUAACUGGUUUUCCUUAUAAAAUAUUCAAGAAUACCUCAUUUAUUAAGGGAAUGUUUAAUUCUGCCUUGGAAGUAGCCAAAUUUGAAGGUGCUGUCAUUCGAACUGUCAGUGGAAUAAGGGGACAAAUCAAGAAAGCACUCCGGGCUCCAGAAGGAGCAUUCCGGGCCAGCUUUGAGGACAAGUUGCUAAUGAGUGAUAUUGUUUUCAUGAGAACUUGGUAUCCUGUUUCCAUCCCGGCCUUCUAUAACCCCGUAACGUCUUUGUUGAAACCAGUGGGCGAAAAAGAUACUUGGUCAGGAAUGCGGACUACACAUCAACUGAGGCUUGCCCAUGGCAUCAAGCUAAAGCCAAACAAGGACUCCUUGUAUAAGCCAAUCCUGAGACAAAAGAAACAUUUUAAUUCACUGCAUAUUCCAAAAGUCUUGCAGAAGGCUCUGCCAUUUAAGAACAAGCCCAAGAUCCAAGCAAAGGCAGGAAAAGUACCAAGGGAUAGGCAGAGACCGGCCGUUAUACGUGAACCUCAUGAGAGGAAGGUCCUGGCUCUGCUAGAUGCUCUGAGCACAAUACACAGUCAGAAAAUGAAAAAGGCCAAAGAACAGAGACACCUUCACAACAAGGAGCACGUGAAGAUGAAGCAGAAGGAGGAGGAGGAGAAGCUGAGGCGGCAGAAGGACCUGAGGAAGAAGCUCUUCCGGAUCCAGGGUCAGAAGGAGAAACGAAGUCAGAAGUCCAGUCUGAGAGGGGCUGAGAGGAGCUGAUGUCUCCGGAACGGAGAGGCUGUCCUGUAGAGCUGUAGCCAUGCCGGCAGCAGUGCUUAUGUAUGACACCACGUCAGGGUGAGAGCCGGAGGAGACUGGGGUGUGUCCUCCAGACUGCCUCGAGGAGGGGCUGUAGGACCCACUGGUGGGAUGUGCUGUCGUUCACAGAUCCGGCGAGAUGGGGCAUGACAGGGUAACCUAGGGGUUGUGAAAUAGCUCGAUGCUUCUCCCUGUCUCAGUUUAUUUUGUGCUAUAAAAUAUUAAACUAUUUUCCCAUUAA